AUGCAUUUUACAUCUGCCAUGAAGCGUGUCAGGCUUCCAUCGUCUGCCGUUGCCGUCCGGAAGGAACCUAGAUCCAAAAACAUCUACCUCCGUGCUCUUUCAGACUUCUAUACCAAGGUGGCCGAUAAUACAUCUGUCCUGGCAAUCAAGAAGAUCUCUAAGAGAUUGAAGAUGUCGAAGUCAGACAGACGGCCGGUCAAAAUUUCGAAAAUCGUUAGCGAGAUAGGAGAAUCCAAAGAUAAGGUUGCUGUCAUUGUUGCAAAAGUCCUUGAUGAUGAUAGGAUUAUGGAGAUUCCUCCCCUUAAGAUUAUUGCUCUCCAAUGGUCAAAAGGAGUGAAGGAGAAGAUUGAAAGAUAUGGAGGAAGCAUAGGAACUCUUGACCAGCUUUUUGAAGUUUGUCCAAACAUGGAUGAUAUACAUCUUAUUUCCUCCUCCAAGUUUGCUAGAAGGUCUGCUAAGUUCUGGGGUCCUGCUCCGGGAGAAAAGGGAUCUACUACUUAUCCAAGGGCAAACCAGAAGUGCCAUAACCGUGAGAAGCGUGUCAUGAUGAAGGGAAGAAAGGCGCCGCAAUCCAAAAGGACAAGUGAAGAAUAA